ACAGAAUAUAAAUAAUCAAACAACAAACAUCUUUCGUUACAAUUUGUUUUACCGUUCAAGUGAAAACAUCCAUCAUUAUGAAUGCUGCAAUUGUAUUUCUUGUUGUCUGUGCAGCUGCUGUAGAGGUACUUGCUGGACCUCAUGGACACAAUGGACAUCAUGAGAAAAUGAAAAAAGUUAUGGAAGAGUGUAUUGCAUCGACUGGGGCAGAUCCUGAGUUAAUCAAAGCUGCAAAAAAUGGCGAAACUAUUACCGAUAAAAAAGUAAAAUGCUUCACUACAUGUAUAGGCAAAAAAAUGGGCUCAAUAAAUGAAGAUGGCACCUUCAAUAAAGAAGUGAUCAAUAAAAUGGCAAUGCAUGCUCCUGAAGAACGCCGAGAAGAAAUGCAACAAUCACUCGCCAAAUGCACUGAAAUAACUGGCGAAGAUGAAUGUGAUAACGGAUAUCGCUUCUUCGAGUGCAUACGCCCAUACAUGAGACAUCGCCAACGUAAACAGAACUCAGAAUAAACAUGGCAGUUUGAUCCAAUAAAUAUCUUCAUUGGAUAUUGCUGACUUAAUUAUGUUUCCUUGCAAAAAUAAUAAUAAUAUGUAACUGUUAUUGAAA